UAGGCAGCCUCACAGUGAAAGUUACGAGGCUGUAUCUCUUCGAAAAAUAACGAUUUAAACAUUAAACAAAAUAAUUCACUGAUAAUUAAAGGUCGUUCAACAGCCAUGGAGCCAAGUCGAAAGAAGCAGAAGAAAGACAAUGGCCGCCCUUCUGCGUCAUCACGUCGUACACGGGCGCACAAGUCGCCCACACCUGAACCUGAAAAUGAAGGCGCCACCAGCAGAAGGUUACCAAUGCCCUCGCUUGACCCCCUCUUGCGGUCAGGGUCGCUGAUCAGCUCUCUCACGGACAAAACCCUCGAGGAGAUGGAAUCGUAUUUUACAACUACCAUUAAGAAAAAAAACGUAGCAGCAGCUGUUGGUACAGCAGCGUCCUCUAAAACUGUUGCAGCAGCAGCAUCUGGAACAUCUGCAUCAACAUCUGGUGCGACGAAAACUACAACGAUCAAAACUUCGACGUAUGUGCCAAAAUUCGGCCCGAGUACGAAUGUCAUGCAGUUGAUCCAAGAGAAAUUCAAAAUGAACUUUCCGGAUCCGUCGAAUUUAAACGGCGAUGAGAAGGAUAAAGCGCCGCCUGGUGGUGAGAAAACUGAGGAGGUGGAGAAGGUGGAAAACAUCAACGCGGAUUGUCCACUCUUUCAACUUCCAACAGAAUUAGUGUCACAUAUUUUUGAAGAGUACAUGACGUUUGAUGAGGUUUCAAAGGUCCGAGGGGUUUCACGCUGGUUUAGAAACACCAGUGGCGACCAUCUCAACCGUGCAUUUUCCCGGCUACAGUCAAAGAUGCAGGGCAGGUUCCAAGCGAUCAAGUCUCAAAUGCCGCGGCGGGAGUCUGCACGAAGGAAGCACCCCCUGGCGAGGGAAUGUGACAUCAUAGAGACGGUGCAUAUGCGCCUGACGUUACUUCAGAUGACAUUUGGCCGUCAUAUCGACAGGCGCCAUUGUUGUUUCUUCCCUGGUGCCAUCAUUGAUGAGGUCUACCGCAUCCUAGAUUACAUCAAGACCACAUCGAACCUGGGCCGAGCGUACAAAGUCACCGACGAAUUGUUCGAUCUCUCAACGAUGGCGAUGGAAUAUUUCAAGGACAAGGUCGAACCAACACUGCCAGAAGUCAAUUACUUCACAACGGAAUUCCCAGAUUUGACGAAUACAUUUAAAUCUUCACUCACAGGUGUAGCGCCAAUCCUGCGGACACCAACCGACAAGCCGGCACAACCACCGAAGGCACCCUCAACAGCCCCGCCCAGUAACCAAGGCAACCAGGACAAGGAAGACAAACAGACGCAACUCAAACGACAGGUACGCAACCAACAACUUGAGAUGCUGCGUGUUAAACGAGAUUUGACGCGGUAUCGCGGUAGGACUGUACGUCUGGAGAAACAGAACGGAGACUUUAAUCUACGGUUGUCGCAUUUUGAAAAAAAGGAUGACGAACGCGAGAGAAAGUUGAACAUUGCUUUGGAAGAGUUACGAAAAUGUCAGACGGAGUUGUGCAGCAUGAAACAGAUUGUGCAGUCGAGAGUGUCGCCGCCUGUUGUUGAGAAUUGAGAGCACGCGCUUUAGGAUAGGCAACUAAUGCUCAUGAUGCGGUAUCCCGGGAGGACUGUAUGGUUUUAGAAAUCAAAUGUAACAAAGUGGAGACUUGAAUUUAUGAUUGUUGCAUUCGGUAAAAGGAGGAUGACGAAUUGGAAGGAAGCUUUGGAAAAGUUGUGAAAACGUCAAACGGAGUUGUAUGGUAUGAAACAUACUGUGCACUUGUAGGUGUCUCCACCUGUUGUCAACGAUUGAAACUAAGGACAUGUGGUUUAGGAUCACAAGGGCAAAUUUGAUGCUGCAUGUUCAAAAUGUUUGACGUGGUAUUAUGUACAUUUGGUGAAAUAGAGUGUAGGCUUUGAUUUGCAAUCAUUGCAUUUCGAACUUGAUACAUUGAACGGAAGUGAAAGUAAUGAAGACAUGCAAAACGCGUUGUGUAGUUUGAGGCAGAUUGUUGGGUCGCAGGUGACACCAUCUGUUGGAGAGAACAGUAACUAAGGACAUGUGGUUUUGGUGAGAGUGUCAGUGAGAUAUCUUAGUGAGCUGUCUUAAAUGCGGAAAAUGAGAGGUCAUGUUUUUUUACUUUUCUUCAUGCCAAAUGUAUAUGUGAAACGUGCCAAUAUACAAGGUGUUUAAAAAAAAAGGAAACUGUUUCGUGCUCGGUCAUCUGCGAGAGUAAAUUGGAUUUCUUGGUGUCAUAAGAAAGAGGGCAUUAUUAGGUAAUAAAUGGUGGCUGCCAAUUUCCAAAAUAUUUAGCUAUUUCUAAGACAUGAACAAAUUAAUCUUGAAUUCCUUUUGUUAAAACACCCUGUAUAAGCAAGGUGGGGGAGGAGAUUGCAAGAUGGGAUUAACGUCAGAUAACCAGUUUACAGGGAUUGCGAUUUAAAAUAAGUGAAUUGGCAGGCACCAUCUUCUUCAGCGUUUGCUCUGCACUUGGAGAUGUUAUUCUCUAGGGAGUAUUCCUCCUCCAAGGUAACCUCGAGUCUAUCAAACAGGCUCCUUAUCUCACUUUCUUAGGCUGGGGAAUAAUUGUCAUAUCUUUUUUGAUUCAACUGAAACUAUCAGUUAUUAGUCUUUCAAUAAUCUUUUAAUUGAGGUGCAUUUUCUUGAAGAAAAAACUAUUUUGGCAACUGUUGCCCCCCUUUAUACAAGGUAUAAACCAUAGUUGGUAAUUGUGUCUACAACUGUAUGUUAUGUGGUCUUUUCAUAAUA